AGCUGUUUCAUCAGAAACUUCAUUCCAUUUUAAGAAAUGGAUUGCCAAGUUAGAAAAGCCCUUUUACAGAUGUCAUCUUUGUUGCUCUCAAUCUUUCUUGCCUGCAAUUCUGUUUUCUUUCCUGGCUGCUAAUUGGAUUAAAGACUGUUUUGCCAACCAUGGCAUCUGGAGAUGAGAGUCCUAUCUUUGAAGAUGACGAAAGCCCUCCGGAUAGCCUGUUAAAAAUGACAGAUCUUGUAGCCGUUUGGGAUGUUGCUUUGAGUGAUGGAGUCCAUAGGAUUGAAUUUGAACAUGGGACCACAUCCGGCAAACGAGUGGUAUAUGUAGAUGGGAAGGAAGAGAUAAGAAAAGAAUGGAUGUUCAAAUUAGUGGGCAAAGAAACCUUCUGUGUUGGAGCUGCAAAGACAAAAGCAACCAUAAAUAUAGAUGCUGUCAGUGGUUUUGCUUAUGAAUAUACUCUGGAAAUUAAUGGGAAAAGUCUUAAGAAGUAUAUGGAGAACAGAUCAAAAACCACCAGUACUUGGGUAUUACAUUUGGAUGGUGAAGACUUGAGAGUUGUGUUGGAAAAAGACACUAUGGAUGUAUGGUGCAAUGGUAAAAAAAUGGAGACAGCGGGUGAGUUUGUCGAUGAUGGGACUGAAACUCACUUCAGUGUUGGGAACCACGACUGUUACAUAAAGGCUGUCAGUAGUGGGAAGCGGAGAGAAGGAAUUAUUCACACUCUCAUUGUGGAUAACAGGGAAAUCCCAGAGAUUCUUGAAUGACUUCAUGUUCAUGAACAUUAAUCUUAAGUAACAAUCAGGACUUUUACAUUACUGUGGUAAUUAAAUAUGUUCAAUAUGUACUUCUGAGUACAUUUGAUCUGCCAUGUUUUUAUUUUUUUAGUUACUUGAAACUGUAAUGUUCCAAGAGUCAGGGAAAAAAAUUAUAUACAAUUAAAAAGACUUGCAAUUUAUUUUGUAAAUAAUGUAAAAAUGUUUCAAAGCCAAAUGGAAAAUAAGAUAUGGACCAAAAUCACUAAUGUUUUACAAAAGGACCUUUUACUAUAAUAAACAUUAUAAAA